CGCUCACUCCCGCAAACGUCGCGUCAUCAUUGGGGGAUCUACAGGCAACCUGAAGUCCUAUGGCGCUUGUUGGUAUGAUUUAGUGACAUCCCAGGAGAUGGAGUUCUUCGUAUAUCCCGCCUCUUCGACGCCAUUUGCCUCUUCACACGACUCUCAUGAACGCCAUGCCGCAACUAAGGCUAUAGCCUUGUCGGUUGCAGCCAAACAGACAGCGCACGUGUAGCUCGCUCGUUGAAGAUGCAUGCAAGAUAGCCUCGUGUGCCUGGCUGUCGGGUCGCGUCAUUGCGGUAUGGCCCUCCUGCUCGCAGGUAUUAAUACAUGUUGUUGAUCUGCUCAGAACUCCCCUAUCCAGGCGCACGACAGUCAGUCACUUUUCAUGAUGCUGUUCACCGUUUCGCUCAGCCUCCUGGCGCUUCCGGUCAGUCAAGUCAUUGCUGGCCCGGUCAUCACUCGUGCUGAUCCCACGACCGCGGCAAACUCCACCACCUGCAAUGGCAAGCUAUACACCUAUGAAGAGCUUGCAGGCUACGGGAAACUAGCCAGCGACGCCCGUGACAAGUUCGGCGACACCAUUGGUGGUAUUGGAAGUGCCAUUGCAUUUGAGAGAAAGUCUUGGAAGUACAAGAAAGGCGCUUAUCAGGGCGUCGUUUGGGGCCUGCCUGACCGAGGUUGGAACACUCAGGGUACUCAAAACACUCAGACUCGCAUCCACAAAUUCAGUGUCACCUUCACGCCAGUAGAAGCAACUCUCGAAAAUCCAGCCAGUCCGAACUUCCAGUUUUCUUACAUUGACACCCUUCUCCUCACUGGACCCGACGGUACGCCCUUAACAGGUCUUGACCCAACCGAGACCAUCACUUAUCCUGGGUUUCCUACCCUUCCUCUUGCUAGAUACACUGGUAAUGGCUUCGGCCAGAAUGGUACUGGCGGCGCUCGUGUCCCGCUAGAUACCGAAGGAUUGGUGCUCGGAGAUGACAAGUCUUUUUGGAUCAGCGAUGAAUAUGCCGCCUAUGUCUACCAGUUUGACAAAAGUGGCAAGAUGAUCAAGGCCAUUCGCACUCCAGAGGCCUUUGUCCCCCGUCGCAACGGCACCGAAAGCUUCAAUGCGGCCUCUCCACCAAUUUACGACCCUGAACUUGAGAUUACGCCUGAAGACCCAGACAGUGGUCGAGGCAACAACCAAGGCCUAGAAGCUCUGACCGCUAGCCCAGAUGGCAAGUACCUUUACACCAUGCUCCAGAGUGCCACAAUCCAGGACGGCGGCAGCUCUGCGAAAAAGCGUCGCAAUACUCGCCUCCUCAAGUACCGCGUCAAAGACGACACAACCACGCUAGAGGCUGAGUAUGCUGUUCAACUUCCUGUUCUUCCAACAGGACGCGUUGCUAGCCAGUCCGAAAUGCACUACAUUUCCGAAACGCAGUUUCUCGUGUUAGCGCGCGAUUCCAAUGCUGGCCAUGGCGCAGAAAGCACUGAGUCCAUCUACCGCAACGCGGACGUGAUCGACAUCUCCGAAGCCACGAACGUCGCAGGUACAGCGGCCGAUGCUAAUGAUGGACAAAUCGCAAGCAAAGAUGGCGUGCUGAAGAGCAGCAUCGUACCUGCUGCCUACUGUCAGUGGCUUUCCUACAACAACAAUGCCCAGCUGGGCAGAUUUGGUCUCCACAAUGGCGGUGUACAAGACGCAAACCUGCUGAAUGAGAAGUGGGAGAGCUUCGCAAUGUUGCCCGUAGACAAGGACGACGAGAUCGGUAGAAGCGAGAGGCAAAACGAAGAUGAAGGAAAGCAGUACUACCUGGUUUCUUUUUCGGACAAUGACUUCAUCACUCAGAACGGCUACAUCAACUUCGGCCAGAACAAGUACGUAGAUGCGUCUGGCUACAAUCUAGACAAUCAGGUUCUGGUGUUCAAGGUUAAGCUUCCCAAAGGAGCGAACCCAUUGUAGACCCACAUGAUUGAUCUGCGCGGCGACUGUUGUACCCACCACCAAAGCGCAAAAAAUGCAAAAAAUGCAAAAACAUACAACAGCGGGGAUUCGCUAGUGGUCACCCACC